AUGUCACGAAGCAAACAAACGUCUUCUCCUGCUGUUUUCAACCGUGACCGUCACCUUCAAAGGUCCGGAUUGACUGACCCAAGAGGCAACCCGAAAAAGGGCGGAGCAGGUGGCCAUAAUUGGGGCGUGAUAACCGAUCAAAGCGAUCAAGAUAUACUUCCGAAUGCCGAGAAUGAACAGGGAAGAGGAUAUCAUAAGAUACAGGUUGUAAAACCUGAAGAAUUUGAGGUUCUCCAACACGCUGUCAAUGAGGAACAAUAG